UGGCAAUAUUUCCUAGAGUAGAACUCAAUCGUCAUUGCACAAACAAUCUACGAGAAAUCGAACAAUCAUUAAUUUGGAAAAUUUCUUGAUUUGAUGUCGAGCACGAUCCUGGUUUUUAUUAAACAGAUUCGUCAUCGCCUGCUGCAAAAUUUCCAAUGGAGGUAGGAUUGGUAUUCCCAAACGAACUUGAGGACUUUAUCGCAAAAUUCUACAUCCCUUCGUACAUCCUCGUUCCAGAUGGGAGGGCGGAGCGCUUGCUCGAUGUGCCGGAAAGCCCAGUUUUAGUAUUCAUCAACUCCAAGAGUGGUGGUCAAUUAGGUGCUCAACUUCUCGACACAUAUCGCUCUUUACUCAAUAAAAAACAGGUUUUUGAAUUGGGAGAAGAAGCUCCUGAUAAAGUGUUGCAUAGGAUUUUCCUCAAUCUUGAGAGGCUCAAGCAAAAUGGUGAUCAAUUUGCUCCUAAACUUGAGAAGAAGUUGAGAGUAAUUGUUGCCGGAGGAGACGGCACGGCUGCCUGGCUUUUCGGGGUAAUUUCCGAUCUGAAAUUGUCUCAGCCGCCUCCCAUUGCCACUGUACCUCUCGGAACCGGAAAUAAUCUUCCUUUCGCGUUCGGUUGGGGCAAGAAGAAUCCCGAAACAGACCGUGAUUCGGUAAUCGCAUUCUUGGAUCAAGUGAGGAAAGCAAGAGAAAUGGUGAUGGACAGUUGGCACAUAACGCUGCGGAUGAAGACACGACAAGAACACGAAUACGAGCCCAUUGCCCCUCUCGAGCUGCCCCACUCGUUGCACGCAAUCAAACGCGUGCUCCCGACGGACGACCUCAAUCUAGAAGGCUACGACACAUUCCAAGGAGGGUUUUGGAACUAUUUCAGCAUGGGGAUGGAUGCUCAAGUCUCUUAUGCGUUUCACUCGGAGCGCAAACUCAACCCAGAAAAGUUCAAAAACCAGCUGGUUAAUCAGAGCACAUAUGCGAAGCUCGGAUGCACGCAAGGGUGGUUUUGUGCCCCUCUCAUUCAUCCGUCUUCAAGAAAUAUUGGUCAGAUAUGUAGAGCUAAGAUCAUGAGGAAGCACGGAGACUGGCAAGACAUCCCUAUUCCUACCAGCAUUCGGUCUAUUGUAUGCCUCAAUCUGCCAAGCUUCUCCGGGGGGCUGAAUCCAUGGGGAAUUCCGAAUCCAAGAAGGCGGCGUGAUAGGGAGUUCACCCCGCCUUACGUGGACGACGGGUUACUUGAGAUAGUAGGGUUCAAAGAUGCUUGGCAUGGCCUAGUCUUACUCGCUCCGAACGGACAUGGGACGCGCCUUGCACAGGCAAACCGUGUAAGAUUUGAAUUCCGAAGAGGAGAAGCAGAAGACACUUACAUGAGGAUUGAUGGGGAGCCAUGGAGACAGCCGCUUCCCUUUGAAAACGACGAUGAUGGCAUGGUUGUAGUGGAGAUCUCUCAUCAUGGCCAAGUCAAGAUGCUUGCCACAAACGAAUGUAAAUCCAAAAGUGUUCUUGAUCCUUCAUCCCUUCCUUCGUCUCCGAUGGCACACGAUGACGACAAGGACAGCGACAAGGAGGAGGAGGCCAGUGGGGACGAGUGGAGGAAAUUCGGGGCUGCAGACACCUUCAGGAUUCCAGAUGAUGUCGACAUAUCUCGUGUCAGUUAA